CGCGCCAUGCCAGGUUGGCGAUGAUCGUUUCUCUUCUCUCGCCUCUGUCGUACGUUUUCCUGUGAAAACGCGUUAAUCAAAUCACUCCUGGCUCGCUCGGAACGUUGAAAACGCCGUGUUUGGGGGGUUGGGGGGGGGCUCUCUGAUCAAUUUCAAACUGCGCCGCAGCGAAAAACUGUGAGAAUACCAGGAAUGCACUUUGCACCAGCCGAAAUUCGUUCGGUAAAUUCCAGUGAGCGCGUCGUCAAUGAAUCAGUGGCCGAUUGAUCAAGAAAUUUCAACUAUUUCAGGGUCUGUAAAUACCUUGUCCACAGAACUGUUACACUUGGAUAAUAGAAGAUACUGCGAAGAUCGACUGCGUAGAAAAUAUUGAAGAUUUCCCAAUUCGCAAUUUAAUAUCCAGAUCAGUGAUUGAUUAAUCAAGAAAUUUAUUCGAUUCGGGGAUUUAUCUCAAAAUAUCUUAUCCACAGAACUGUCACACUUGGAAGCAUAAGAAGUGCGAUUACACAGAAAAUUAUUGGAAAUUUUCCAUUUUGCAAUUUAAUCUCCAGAUCAGUGAUUGAUUAAUCGAGAAGUUUGCUCGAUUUGGGGAUCUGCCUCAGACUAUCCAUAGAACUGUUACACUUGGAAGCAUAAGAAGAUUUUUAAAUAUCGACAGACAUCUUACAAAUUCUUCAUUUUAAAAUUGAAUGUCUAUAUCAGUAAUCCACUAAUGAAGAAAUUUGUUCGACUAGAAUCAAUUCGUCCAUAGAACUGUAAUAAAGUUCGAUUUCGCAGAGGACAUUGUUAGAGAUUUUUCAACUCCGCAAUUGAAUGCUCAGGGGAUCGUUCCAGUUUGAAACAUAAGUUCGACGCGAGUUUUCAAACACCGUCGCUGCUGCUGCCGACGGUGGUAUUUAAGCACGUCACGGGUUAAACGUCAAGAAAAUCGGUACGCGGUUCAAGGGACAGCGAACGAACGAACGAAAGAGCGAGCGAGCGAUAAUCGUCGAGUCGGCCGAUAACGUUAUCUGUCUGUAAUAAUUGCGGUGCAUCACGGCCAGCCAUUGUCGCCGGACCUCAUUCGGUGUACUAUUGCUGACCGCGUGCUUCAACAGGUGAUACUGGCUCGACGCGCGGCGCCUCAAGUCGGAAGUUGAAUGAACGCUCGGAGCACUCGGUAGAAUUAAAAAGGGAAAUCGAGCCGUCCGGGUGUACCGUGAAACUGUGCGCGCGUACACGGGUCUAGGACUGAAUAAGAUCGGAUCGGCGCGAUUCUAUCCACUGGAACGUUAACUGGCGAUAAGGUCAGGCGUCGCGUGUGCCACGAGACAACGGGAGGAGCGAUAAAGAGAGGAAGAGAGUUGGGAAAGGGGGCCACCGACUGGCGCCUUGUUCCUCGCUAAAGUGACACGUCGCCUUGGCCAAUAAAACCGACAAACGGUUCUAAACUGAAUCGGCAGCUGCGAUACACGCCCGGGCUUGAGCGUUCGUUGGCCCCGGGCUCGUUUAAUUCGCGGAGCGAGACCCUCCGAUCGAGUUUCGCCCCGGCGGAGUGAUUAAAGUGAUCGAAACAGAAGAGUUUGUGCACCUUUAUUUAUUACCUUCUGUGCUUAUCGAGAGAAAUAACGGGUGAAGGAUGAUGAUGACUCGUCGGGACUGAUAAGGCGGAUAUUGGAUUAGUCAGGAUGAUGAUGGCACCGCAGGUCGUGGGUGUCCUGCUGAAGAAACCUGGACAGCAGAGUCACCCACGCUUCCAACCGUUGGACCCACAGGAGACGAAAAUAAGAGGCGAGCUCUACGUGGAGGACCUAGGUGAGAGGAGGAUCGUUUCUAUCAGAAUGGGCUGGCUUUGGGUCGAGGGUACUCCGAUGAGGCUACCGUUGAGGGCGUUGAACCUGCGCCAGGCAGCACCCAGCCUCUGUCAACCGCACGCACUUGCUCUAGGGUUCACGUUAAGCAACUCGCAGGAUCAUACCCUCGCCACUUUUUGGGCGGACACGGAGGCUAUUUACUGGUCGUGGGUGCGAGCCAUCGCGGCGGAAUUGGUUAGGCAAACGCCGUUCCGGGCGCAACGUUGCCUGAACUUCCUGGAGAUUUUGACCAUCUGCCCAAGGGAGUCGGUCCCCUUGCCGGACAGCCCGACGGAACCCAGAAGGCGUUCGAGAAGCGAGUUACGCUGCUGGCCCGGCGAUUCCCCCAUAGGGAAAGACACGAGGACCAGUGCGACGAUUCUCGAGGAUUCCAGGCGAAGAGCACGGAGUGAAUUACGGGGUUGGUCCAGCAGUAACUCGAGCGACGAGGAUCUCCUGGCUGACUUUCGCUCGAUACCAACGAUAAUAGCCAAGGACCAGCCGAUUACAAGGACCUGGGGUUGUAGCGAGAGCAGUGAGGGAAGUGACGACAGUCUACCUUGGAGCAACGUCUGUCGCUCGAGCGUAGACUCCGUAGACUCGACAGUAAUCCCAGAACCGGAAACGAGAGAGCAGAGGAUCCAGAGGUACAAGGAAGCCCGGAGACGAGAGAACGAAGCUAGAAGCAGAAGAGUGUUAGAGGAAGACGCUAAGCGAAGAAGAGCCAGAGCUGAGGAGAACAACAACGAUAUUUUAAAAACCUACGGCUCGAGCAGGUCGAGGAGCAGAGUUUACUCUGUUAACGAUAAUGACAAUUAUCGUUCCGUGAAGAAGGAUCAGGAGAAUAGCUACGAGUGCUCCAGACUGAACAACGAGAAGAAUAUCAGCAGGCUGCCCCCGGUGAAGCCUAACGAGAAUAUUUCCGUGAGGUUCGAGGACGAUCAGAGGAACGAGGAUGACAAGAGGAAUAACAACAGUCCCAGGAGCGAGAACACGAGUCCUGGGAUACUUCGGACAGACAUGAACGAGAGAAGAAGCCGAGCUAGGGAGAGGAGGAGCGUCAGGGAGAAAGGGCAACUGUUGCAGACGCAGCAGUUCACGAAUACCGCCGUCGAGACUCUUCAGGAACGCAAGGAACGGCUGGCACAGUUGUCCUCCAGGAUUCCAGUGCCUCGAUCGAUAUCCCAGAGCUCGAAAGUCGAAAACUGUGACUCUCAGAUUUUGCCGAGGUCGGCGACCUCGUUGUCGGUUUUGACCGAGCCACCUUGCGAAGAGGACGUAGCGAGGCUGUUGGAAAGGUGUCAGAGGGUGGAUCAUUACGUGCCGGUCCGAGAGAAACUGACGUUGUUCGAGUCGCUGUCGAGGCUCGGCGGCAGACUCGCGAGGAGCACCGAGGAUCUGGGUAGGACAACGUCGAAGCCGAGCCCGAGGGGAAAGCAGCGGGCCAGGUCGCUCCACGAUCUCAACAGAGGAGCCAGAGCUGUGCCUGUGCGGGAAAUGUGUCGGUUUUUUGAAGGCGAUGUGGAACAGGACACGAGUCUCAAGACGAGCCUCGCCAAAACGAGGUUCAGCGACCCAGUGACGCCCACCAGGAACACCUGGAAAGAGUCAUCCGUAUCUAAAGUCAACGAGGCGCCCUGCAUCAGGUCGUCGACGAGGAAGAAACAUUACUUGAAGUAGUCGUCGCAUUUACAUUUGGUCUGACCCGAAAGCAGGUCUUUCUGAUUCCAGUGAUAAGAAAAAACCGUCAGGCUUGCUUGUUCGAUGAGAGUUAAAUCGCGUGUCGACUGUACGCGGAUCUACUGUACUUCUUCCGAGUUGGUAUCAGAUAUUUCAAAGACCGUCGGAUUAACUUCCGAUACCAUCCGCGACUAGUACAUUGGGUUAGAAUCCGUUCUCCUCGCGACGGAUCGUCACACUCGUGUCGAGAGAAAGUCGCUGUCUGAAGUCACCUUUUUUUGCUCUCCAACAGGAUCGAACUCGAACUGUGCUCGAUUCGAAGAACGAGUAUUCCUCGCUGCGACGCGAGCUCCGAGCGACAAGAAACAGUUGACAAUUUCGUCGCGAACUCUUCGGCUUAUUUAUUGCACUUCGCCCGUUUUGUUUUUCUACCGAGAUUCCACUCAGAGGUCGCCGUGAACGUGAUUCGACGUCACGGAUGAAAGAGUGCGUCGAAUCGAGAGACGAGGGACGCGAGAGAGAGAGAGAAAGAGAGAGAGGGAAUAAGAGAGAAACCGGUAAUUUCCAUUCACCGGACGAUUGUCGCGAGACACCUGCCGGAUCCUCGGUGGUCUUCUUGACUCGUCGACGUUCAGUCGCAAUGAUAAUUCAUUCUAAUUAAUGAAUUGUUUCAACGGUCGUACGAAACUCGUUGAUCAAAAUGAAAACGGAGUCGCAAUUAUCGUUGCACGAAAACACUCGCAGUAAUUAAUUUUGUAUAUAAAUCGUAAUUGUACCUGAAAUUCCCUAAGUUAACUCUACACGUGUCCGUGUAAUUAAAUGGCCGGUCAUUUUUGUAUAUAAUUUUCUGUCUAAUUUAAAAAGCCGGGAGAUUGUAUCGAAGCAUCCGUUUCGGCGCGUGAACUAAUGCCCACUUCCGUUUGCUCUUCCAAUCGUCGACGAUCGUUACCCUCUCCUUCUGUCUCUUUUUUUCUCUUUGCGUUCAAUUGGGUCAUGCGAACGGUCCUCGGGCCGCGUUAAAAACAGAUUAAAUGAUUCGCAAUAAAAGUAACCCUUGCAAUCCCAGAUUUUAAUAAUUUAAUUAAAUACAGUCUACUUUAUUACAAAUAAAGGCCAAGAUUUAUAAUAGUUUUGUGCUAUUCGAAAGUAAAAGCGAUGUACUGUUUGAUUUUAUUUGAUAAGAAAUUGACGGGGGUCAUUUUUGUUAUGAAUUAAUUUACACAAACGACGACGCGGACAUCGAGGCGUUCUUGCGCGCGUCGCUGACUAUCGAUCACCGAUAAUACUACUAAAUAAAGUGCCAAAAAGAAGAUGUUGCGUUGCUUCUAGGAAAGAACUGCAUGUAAAUGCGUAAACGGAAUGAAUGAAUUUUUGUACAUAAUUUUUUGUUAGAGGUUAAUGUCGAAAGAAAUUUAUAUAGAAUUUUUUCUUGUUCGUGUUUCGAUUAUGUCUGUCACGAGUCGUGAAAAAAUUGGACACGAUUCAUCCGCGGAUCCGCGAAGAUCGUUUAUUUAUUAUUAUUUGUAUAGAGAAUGGCGUUAUAGCCAGAAGUUUCGUUCUUUGAGAAUCGAAUUUGUACAGUAAAUUAUGUAUAAUUGAGAACUCGCCCUCGCCAAUCAAAGAUCCAUCGUUUAUUUUCGUAACGGGCACCCGCGUUUAUAUUAUGUAUUAGUAAAUAGGAAAUCGUGUACGAUUGUGUGACAAUGUACGAUGGAAACCGUGUUUCGCUUAGGAAUUAUGUAAACCUGUCGGCAGUGUAAUGGAACAUGUAUAUGUAUUAACAAUUGAAACGCGUAAUUGUUUAAACCAACGACGAAAUCGAGCUUUGUUGCCGAAUGAAAUUCCCAGCUCUCAAAUAUAAUUCAUAGGAAAUUCAGAACAGCAAAUAUGAACGUCAGGUUUCUAGUUAUGAAACUAGCAAAAUCUUUUAUCUGUAAAAACGAUAUCUCAUUUUUCCAUCGAUGGUUGUUUCGAAAUUUUAAUCCAGAACAAACAGUUGUAUGUUAAAAUUGAAAUCAUUUAUAGUAAAUAAUCUCUGUUCAUGUAACAAUUUCUACUCACUGGUUUUUUCCCCUUAUCACUUUAUAUGUAAUCGUGAGCCAGUGACUGGAAAUUGUUUAUACAUAUAUAUAGUCUUCAAGGACGACAGAUAUUGUAUGUAUCAGAAGACGAAAAUUAAGGAGACAGGUAACAAAAGCAGAUCUCGAACAAGGCUCGAUCGCGUCGAAGCGAGCCGACGACCAAGUGUACAGGGUGAGUUCCAGCAACCCCUUCUGCGGCCGUCUUAUCUCUCGCAUGCAUUCUUCUGCUCGCGUAUAAAACCGAGAGGAAACGCGUUACAGGUUCUUCGAACCAGGCAGGCGCAGCGUCUGUAAAAAAUGUAAUACCCGAGCGUUGGAACCCCUCGAACGUGAGAAGUCAUCCGAGCUGCAGGGGGUUGUUGGAAAAAAUGGAAAAACUCGAUGGUUGUUCCGCGGAAACAACGCAGCCUGUAGAACCGGUCGAUCGCCAAAGAGUCCUCUAGUCCCUCCACGGAGAAAUCCGAAAAGGCUUGUACGUGUUUGUCCUACCCUUCCGGGGGUACGUACGUAUAUAUGUACAUAUAAAACGGAACCCCCCUCAAAAGCGAAAAAGAAAAAUCGUCACCCCUUGCCUUAUACACAUAAUGUACGCGAUCCUAACGUGGCUAGAAUAUUCGUGUCCUUUAAAACCGAUAACAAUACUUAAACGCGGAUCUGUAUAUGUUACAUUUCGUUUUGUUGUAUAAUAAAAAGGUACGAAUAAUGGCCGUUAUAUAAAA